CUCUUUUAGAUGGUAUACCACCUGAUGGUACAGAGAUAAAGAUUAUUAAUACCAUCCAUGUAUCCCUUAAUGUCAUAUUUUAUACUGCGGCUAUACUGGGGGCAGUGUUUGCAAUCGGAUGUCUGGCAUUUAAUGUCUACUUUAGGAACAAAAAGAUCAUUAAGUUGACAAGUCCUAAUCUUAACUACACAAUAGGUGCUGGUUCAUUGGUAAUGUACUCAUCAGUCAUAUUCCUAUUACUGCCUGGACUGGAUACAUACAGUCUUCACCUCAGAUGUAUUGUUGGUUACUGGCUUGCAAUGAUUGGCUAUGUCAUUGCAUUCUCUGCUGUGCUGGCUAAAAUGUGGCGAGUGUAUUACAUUUUUCACAACCCUACUCCAAGCAAAAGGACUCUUAAGGAUAGGCAUUUGCUAAGUGUCAUGGGUAUACUUACGUUAAUUGUAAUAAUGAUAUUAUCAAUUGGUGAGGCUGUACCAGAUACAAGGCAUGAGCCUACACUAGUGGUUGAUGGGGAGAAAGGAUCAACUAAAAAUGAACAAGAUGUCAUUGUCAAUUACUGUACGUACACCUGCUUCAGUUCUCAUGACGCCAUUUCUUAUCAGGCUCUCAUAAUGGCCUACCUGUUCCUACUGCAAGUCAUUGGUAUAUUCCUUGCAUUCCAGACUAGGAAAGUGAAAGUGAAAAUAUUAAACGAAGCCAAACAAGUCACUGCUAUUAUUUAUGUGACCAGUGUCUGUGUGGUCUUAAUCAUCAUGACGACAUUCGCUCUUGGUGCUUUUAUCAAUGUUCAUGCCACCCUGUUCUGUUUUAGCAUAGCAGCUGCUUCCACUGCCUUCCUUGUACUAAUAUUUAUACCAAAGAUGCAUAGCUUAUACAAGGAUCCAGAAGGCAAGAAGGUUUUUAGGUCCUCCGGCUUAAAGGCCGUCCCUAGUUUAGUGCCAGGAGGAGGAGGAGGAGGGAUCACGACAGCUAGUGGUACUGUCGACUCUCUGAGAAAGGAUAGCCUAGGGAUCAACAUUGCCUUAGCUACGCUUAGUAAUGACCCUAAGGCUACCAUAUCCAUACUUAAUGCAAGAAUCGUCGAACUUGAGGAAGAGCUGAGACAAAGCAGAGCGGAGAAUGGCGGUGAGAAGAGAGGGAGUCUAUUAUCAGGAUUUCUGUCUCCAAAAGCUCUUCCUCCUGUUAAUGAAAACAACAUCAGACGAACUGAAGAUUCUAUUGAGCAACUGGAACUAAGCAAGAAAAACUCCCUCUCUCCUCCUCCUCCUCCUGCUCCUCCAUCAAGUAGAGCUAGCAAUGGAAAUGCAGCUGCUUCUUUCACAGAAGAUUCUAUCCAAUGAAAUAUGCAACAAACAAACACACUACCACUUGUAUCUUAAUUCUCUUUUAUUUUUAUUUUCCUAUUAAUAUGAUUUCUUCAACUUUAUAAUCUGUAUAUCCAUACAGUGACAUUCUUGGCCCAUGUACAUGUACAUGUACACAAGUAUUUGUGUGCAGGUGUCAUUCAUUCUUUAAUUUCCCUUUUCAUAUCCCUUCUUGAUCCUUUUAUAUUUUGGUACAUAUCCAUAUUUUAAAUCAUAGCAUUCAUCUAAAUCUCAUGCCAUCAUCAUCAUCAUCAUUGAUAUCUUUAAUAAUUAAAUUACUAUUUAUGUACAAGAUUGAAAUCAUCACUUUGAUCAUC